CCGUAAACCGGAGUUCUAAUUGGGCCGGUUCAACUCAGAUCCGGCCCACGACAAACCCUAACCCUAAUCCCUACACCCUCGCCUCUUCCCCUCUCCCCCUCUCUCUCAUCGCGCUUUUCUCCUCUCUCCUUUCUCUACGCAGGCGACUAUCUCAGCAUUGUAUUGGUAUUCAACCUAAUCGACAAAAUGCAGAACGAGGAGGGCCAGAUGAUGGAUCUCUACAUCCCCAGGAAAUGCUCUGCCACAAAUAGGCUUAUUACAGCGAAGGACCAUGCUUCGGUUCAGAUCAACGUUGGUCAUUUGGAUGAGAAUGGCAUCUACAAUGGACAGUUCACCACUUUUGCUCUUUCCGGCUUCGUUCGUGCUCAGGGCGAUGCCGACAGUGCAUUGGACAGGCUGUGGCAGAAGCGGAAAGCAGAAAUCAGACAGCAGUAAAUGCCCCCUUCUAGUCGUCUCUUUUCUUUAGGGGCUGUAGGUGUCGUAACUUGCUUUCAAGUUGCUUUGAACUUCUGCGGCUUUUUGUUCGCCGAACUAUGUGCCUUGUUUCUUUUUUAGUUUUAAUGCAUAUGUGAACAUAUUGAAAGCUUGUUUCCACAGUUACGCGCUCGACUGCAGUAGUUUACACUAGUUUCUACUCUUUUC